CAUUCUAACAUCGUCUCUUAGCUUAACUGCAUUUAUAUUCUCAGUUUAAAAUGGCUCUUAGAUUACUUAUCAUUGCCGCUGCGGUUUUGGCAUUGGCAUCUUCAUUUGCAGAAGCAUCAGAUCCUAGUUCUUUGCAGGAUUUUUGUGUUGCUGUUAAAGACUCCAAGGCUGCUGUGUUUGUUAACGGAAAGAUUUGCAAGAACCCAAUGGAAGUUGAUGCUGAUGAUUUCCUCUUCCAAGGUCUUAACAAGCCUGGAAACACAUCAAAUCCACUUGGAUCAGCCGUCUCAGCUGUGAAUGUCAAUAAUCUAGCAGGACUUAACACACUCGGCAUUUCAUUAGCUCGUAUUGAUUUUGAGCCCUACGGCCUCAACCCUCCCCACACGCACCCUCGUGCAACUGAAGUCCUUACAGUCUUGGAAGGCACCCUCUACGUUGGGUUCGUCCUUUCUAAUCCGGCGCCAGGAAUGAAGAACAAGCUCUUUACCAAGACAUUAUAUCCCGGAGAUGUUUUCGUAUUCCCAGAAGGUCUCAUUCAUUUCCAAUUCAACAUUGGACAUUCAAAAGCCAUAGCUUUUGCUGGCCUAAGCAGUCAAAAUCCAGGAGUCAUUACUAUUGCCAACGCUGUUUUCGGAUCAGAUCCACCAAUCAGUCCAAAUGUUUUGACUAAAGCAUUCCAAGUGGACAAGAAUGUGAUUAACUACCUCCAAUCACAAUUCUGGUACAACAACAACUAAUGAUCCAAACUUAGGAUGGAUUUUCCUUAGCUUCAUAAUUGGAUUCGUAAUACAUAUUCAUAUUAAUACUUUUUGUAGUAUUAAUUUUAUAAACCGCCUAUUUCUGGCGUUCUUAUGUUAGAAUCAUUGAUACUUAAACACAUAUAUUGUAUCUUUUUAUAUUUACUUGGAAUGGAUUUUAAUGGAAUAAACUGAUUGAGUUAUUGAUUAGAA